UAAGCAGAAGAGAGAGACAGACGAAACAAAGAACACCAAAAAAAAAAAAAGUUAGGGGGAAAAAAAAAAAAAACUAAAGAGAAAGCAGUGAAACGACCUGUCGUUCUCUUCGCUUUCUCCAAAAAUUCUCCCGAUCUGUGCAACCAGUCUGAAUUACUAUCAUGUCCUCGCUUAGCAGAGAACUCGUGUUUCUUAUACUUCAAUUCCUUGAUGAAGAGAAAUUUAAAGACACUGUUCACAAAUUGGAGCAAGAGUCAGGGUUUUUCUUCAAUUUGAGAUAUUUUGAGGAAAUGGUGACAAAUGGGGAAUGGGAUGAGGUAGAGAAGUAUCUUUCAGGUUUUACCAAGGUUGAUGAUAACAGAUAUUCCAUGAAGAUUUUUUUCGAGAUUCGAAAACAGAAGUACCUUGAAGCUCUUGAUAAGCGGGAUCGCGCUAAAGCCGUUGAUAUUUUAGUUAAGGACCUGAAAGUUUUUUCGGCAUUUAAUGAGGAACUUUUUAAGGAAAUUACCCAUCUCUUGACAUUGGACAACUUUAGAGAGAAUGAACAGCUAUCGAAGUAUGGAGAUACCAAAUCUGCUAGGAGUAUAAUGCUUGCUGAAUUAAAGAAGUUGAUAGAGGCGAACCCCCUUUUCCGCGAUAAGCUUCAGUUUCCUACCUUGAAGAAUUCAAGACUGCGUACGCUAAUAAAUCAAAGUUUAAAUUGGCAGCACCAGCUUUGUAAGAAUCCAAGGCCUAAUCCAGACAUAAAAACCCUAUUUGUGGACCAUAGUUGUGGACAACCAAAUGGUGCACGAGCUCCAUCCCCUGUCACUAAUCCUUUAAUGAGUGCUGUUCCAAAGGCAGGGGGUUUUCCUCCACUGGGCGCUCAUGGUCCCUUUCAGCCCACACCUGCUGCUCUUCCAACCUCUCUGGCUGGAUGGAUGGCUAACCCAACUCCUGUGCCUCACCCUGCGGCUUCUGCAGGGCCAAUAGGAUUGACUGCACCUAACAAUGCAGCUGCAAUCUUAAAACGCCCUAGAACUCCUCCAACCAAUAACCCAGCUAUGGAUUAUCAGUCAGCAGACUCUGAACAUGUUUUGAAGAGAUCAAGGCCCUUUGGAAUGCCAGAUGAGGUACCUAAUCAGCUGAUACUCCACCAGGUCAAUAAUCUGCCAGUAAAUAUUUUGCCUGUUCCAUAUGCUGGCCAGAGCCAUGGUCAGAGUUCUUAUUCUCCUGAUGACUUGCCCAAGACUGUUGUUAUGACCCUAAGUCAGGGCUCUGCUGUCAAGAGCAUGGAUUUCCAUCCAAAGACACAAAUUCUACUUCUUGUGGGAACAAACACCGGUGAUAUCAUGGUGUGGGAAGUAGGUAGUGGUGAAAGGAUAGCUCAUAAAACUUUUAAGGUCUGGGACCUUUCAGCAUGUUCAAUGCCUCUGCAGGCAUCUCUGGCUAAUGAUUAUACAGUAUCGAUCAACCGUGUUAUGUGGAGCCCUGAUGGAAAUCUUUUUGGUGUUGCAUACUCCAAGCAUAUCGUGCACGUAUACUCCUACCAUGGUGGUGAUGAUCUACGUAACCGCCUAGAGAUUGAGGCUCAUGUCGGGAGUGUUAAUGAUCUUGCGUUCUCUUACCCAAACAAACAAUUGUGCAUUGUCACUUGUGGCGAGGACAGGAUUAUUAAGGUUUGGGAUGCAGUUAGUGGGGCUAAACAGCAUAUUUUUGAGGGUCAUGAAGCACCUGUCUAUUCUAUAUGCCCUCAUCACAAGGAAAAUAUUCAGUUCAUUUUCUCAACAGCAACUGAUGGGAAAAUAAAGGCAUGGUUGUAUGAUAAUGUGGGCUCAAGAGUUGACUAUAAUGCGCCAGGCCAGUCAUCCACGACAAUGGCAUACAGUGCUGAUGGAACAAGGUUGUUCUCAUGUGGGACAAACAAAGAUGGGGAAUCGUACUUAGUGGAAUGGAAUGAAAGUGAAGGAGCUGUAAAGCGGACAUAUUGUGGUCUUGGGAAGCGAUCUGCAGGAGUUGUUCAAUUCGAUACCACAAAGAGUCGUUUCUUGGCUGCUGGUGAUGAGUUCUCAGUCAAAUUUUGGGACAUGGACAAUGUAAAUCUAUUAACAAGUACUCCAGCAGAUGGUGGAUUACCGCAUGCGCCUUGCAUCAGAUUUAACAAGGAAGGAACACUGUUAGCUGUUUCGACUGAAGACAAUGGGGUUAAAAUUCUAGCAAAUUCAGAUGGGAUUAGGUUUCUACGGACGGUGGAGAAUCGUUCAUUUGAUGCUUCAAGAGUUGCUCCUGCUGCUAUGGUAAAAGCUCCAAAUAUGGGUGCAUUUGGCUCUAACAAUGUAACUAUUGGAACAACCAUCGGUGAUCGGGCUGCACCAGUAGCUGCUAUGGUUGGAAUGUCUCUGCAGAGCAGCGAUGGUCGAAGUUUGGCUGAUGUAAAGCCCCGAAUUGCAGAUGAGUCUGUUGAAAAAUCUAGGAUCUGGAAACUUACAGAAAUUAAUGAACCAACACAGUGCCGCUCCUUGAGGCUUUCUGAUAAUUUGACGGCAAUGAGGGUGUCUAGACUAAUAUAUACAAAUUCUGGACUUGCCAUAUUGGCAUUAUCAUCUAAUGCUGUACACAAGCUCUGGAAAUGGCAGAGGAAUGAUCGAAACUUAACGGGGAAGGCCACAACUAGUGUAGCACCACAAUUAUGGCAGCCUUCAAGUGGAAUAUUAAUGACUAAUGAUAUAACUGAUACAAACCCUGAAGAUGCCGUUCCAUGCUUUGCGCUUUCAAAGAAUGAUUCUUACGUCAUGUCAGCUUCCGGGGGUAAAAUCUCACUAUUCAAUAUGAUGACAUUUAAGACAAUGACAACAUUUAUGCCCCCACCACCAGCAGCUACCUUUCUUGCAUUUCAUCCUCAGGACAAUAAUAUCAUUGCCAUAGGCAUGGAUGAUUCAUCAAUCCAAAUUUACAACGUUCGGGUGGAUGAGGUAAAAACAAAGUUAAAGGGUCAUCAGAAAAGAAUAACAGGUCUUGCCUUCUCUCAUACUCUGAAUGUGCUUGUAUCUUCAGGAGCUGAUAGUCAGCUGUGUGUCUGGAGCACAGAUGGCUGGGAGAAGCAAGCUAGUAAGUACUUGCAAAUUCCAAAUGGGCGAGCAGCAUCUCCUCAUGCAGAUACUCGUGUUCAAUUUCACCUAGAUCAGAUACAUUUGCUGGCAGUUCAUGAAACACAGAUCGCUAUAUAUGAAGCUCCAAACCUAGAAUGCCUAAAGCAGUUUGUCCCGCGAGAAGCAAGUGGCCCCAUCACACAUGCAACAUAUUCCUGUGAUAGCCAAUCAAUAUAUGUGAGCUUUGAAGAUGGAAGUGUGGGUGUUCUUACUGCUUCAACGCUGAGAUUGAGAUGUCGGAUAGGCCCUGCUGCAUAUUUACCUCCCAAUCCAAGCUUGAGAGUUUAUCCUCUCGUCAUUGCGGCACAUCCAUCCGACCCAAAUCAAUUUGCUUUGGGCCUAACAGAUGGUGGAGUCCACAUACUUGAGCCAUUGGAGUCUGAAGGAAAAUGGGGCACCUCUCCACCAGUUGAAAAUGGUGCUGGGCCGAGUAAUGCUUCUGGUGCAAAUGGUUCAGAACCACCCCAGCGGUGACUAGGCUUUUAGAGAGGAUAUCGAGUAUUUCUCCCUGGGAAACUGCACAAUUAUAAUAGGUUCACAUAAAACGGCAUGACAUCCGCUUUGCAGCCAAGGCUUAGUGUUCAUUGGUUACAUUUUUAUAGGAUUGGUGUAAAUUUAGGAGUUGGUACAUCAGAGGUGGUCUGACUGUAGACUUGAAAAAACACAUAAAAGGAAAUCAGGGACAAAUUAUGUGUUGGUUAAGCUAGGAGCCCUGGCUGUUUUCUCAUUGUUAUUCAGCUUUUCAGAAACUUUUAAUUAGUUAAUAUCACCAUUUUUUAAGUCGAGCACAA